AUGGCGGACAACAGGGACGGCGCGGACGCCUCCGGCUCGUCCGUGCUGCCUCCGCACAUCCUCGCCGCGAUCGUCGGGGACCACAGCAAGGAGCAGAAGCAAGACGCGUACAAGAAGUCGCUGUGCAACUGGUGGGACGAGUACAGCCACCGCAAGCGCGACGAGGACCACGAAUAUGUCGCAGACUCGUUGCUGUUCGACAAGAACGACCUGCCGCGCAUGGCGCCGGCGCCCAAGGAGUGGGAAGAGCGGCAGGCGCGCCUGAAGGAGGGCGGGAAGGGCGGCGCGGCGAAGAGCUCGGAGACUUCGGCACCCUCGAAAUGA